AUGACUGCUCGCAUCACCAUUGACCACAGCUGGUCAGCCACUCAGGUGAAGGGUCGACUGGCGAUGCUCUUUCAGGGGCACUUUGUAAAACAGGCAGAACAAAAGUUUUCAUUUACAUAUCUGCAGUGUGUGCAGAGCUCCAGAGCGCUGUUUGUCCCUGACACCCCUUCAGAGGGCUGGACUGGAGAGCAGGUCCUCAGGAUCUCUGAACAUGGUGCUUUAUAUAUCCUGAGCCACCACGACUACUCAGAGACAGAAUCUGAAGGGUCAGCAAGUGAGACACUUGUGUCCACUGUCGACCUGGACACCAUCCUGAGAGCGUUCAGACAGGAGAACGUAGAUCCAGGACUGAAAACUCACAUCCAGGUGAGGCGGACAGAUCUACUCCACGGCGCUCUGGAGGUGGUGAGGAGGCCCGACUUCUGCUUCAGGGCGACGCCUGUUAUCUCCUUCAGUGGAGAAGAGCCCGAUGGCCACGAGGCCCCUGUCGGAGAGUUUUUCAGGCUGAUUCUGCUGGAGCUGCAGCACAGCUGUGUGUUUGAGGGUCUUCCAGGAAGUCUGUUCAUGACUUGCAACUUCACAGCUCUUGAGGAGAGGAAGUACUAUGAAGCUGGGGUUCUCAUUGGCUGGUCGCUGGCUCAGGGUGGGCCUGGACUUUGUUGCCUUCACCCUGCAUUGUAUCAGCUACAUAGUUGUACUGAUGUAAAGCUGCUGUCUCCCAGUCUGUGCGACUGGGUUUCACGCUGUGGGAUCCCUGAGAUCUGUUCAGCCAACUCUGAUGAAAUGCCAGCCAUUUAUAGUCGCCUGGUAAAACACUACAUCUACGACAGGGUGACUAAAAUGAUCUCCCAGUUUACUGAGGGGCUGAAUAGCUGUGGUGGGCUGUGGGACAUGGUUCAGUCCCACUGGGAAGUUUUUGCCCCAGUUAUGACGAGUGCACCGCAGCAGCCUCUGAGUCUGGAAGAGUUCAAGCAGCUUUUUACCAUCAGCUUUAGCACUUCAGAUGCCCAGCUGAGGGCAGAUGAGGAGGCCACAGCUGGACACUGGGAAACAAUCCUCACUUUAGUGCGUGACGGCAAGGCAGAGUUUUCCUUUGAAGACCUCCUCACCUUCAUCACAGGAGCUGACCGUUUGCCUCCUCUUGGCUUCCCCAGAUCCAUCUCUCUGUGUUUUUACUCUCAGGAUGCCAGCAUGCAAGAUGUGCGCCUGCCUCAUGCCGCCUCCUCUUCUCUGGAGCUCUACCUGCCAAGGGGAAUGGCUGGGGCUGUGGACCUGCUG